CAAUGAGCUUGGAAAACGGAUACCAACCGUUACUCCUCAGGCUUGACUCACACUCUAGCAUCCCAGACUUGUCACCGGACACCAUAGAAGAGUUUUUGGAAAAUGGACCAAUUGAGUUGAGAUGGUGGCCUCGGCUUGUUGCUUGGGAAUCAAGGCUCCUUUGGAUCCUCUCUGGGGCUUCCAUUGUUGUCUCAAUUUUCAAUUACAUGCUGAGUUUUGUGACACUCAUGUUUACUGGCCAUCUGGGGUCUCUUGAGCUUGCUGGGGCAUCUAUAGCUGCAGUUGGAAUUCAGGGUCUUGCUUAUGGGAUUAUGUUGGGGAUGGCAAGUGCAGUGCAAACUGUGUGUGGGCAAGCAUAUGGGGCAAAAAAAUAUUCCGCAAUGGGCAUGAUAUUGCAAAGAGCAAUCAUCUUACACUUGGGAGCUGCAGUGAUUCUCACAUUUCUCUAUUGGUUCUCAGGGCCCUUUCUAAAAGCCAUAGGGCAGUCAGAUAGCAUAGCUGAACAAGGCCAAAUUUUUGCUCAUGGAAUCAUUCUUCAACUCUAUGCAUUUGCACUCUGCUGCCCAAUGCAGAGGUUCCUCCAAGCACAGAACAUUGUAAAUCCUCUGGCAUAUAUGUCAGUUGGGGUCUUCCUUCUGCAUGUGCUUCUCAGCUGGCUAGUUGUCUAUGUUUUGGACUAUGGACUUCUUGGUGCUGCCUUUACUCUUAGCUUUUCUUGGUGGCUUCUUGUCAUUUUAAAUGGUUCCUACAUCAUUUUUAGCCCAAGAUGUAAGCAAACUUGGACUGGCUUCACUAUAAAAGCCUUCAAAGGAAUUUGGCCUUAUUUCAAGCUCACAAUGGCUUCUGCUGUGAUGUUAUGUUUGGAGAUAUGGUACAAUCAAGGACUAGUACUUAUAUCUGGGUUACUAUCCAAUCCUACAAUCGCACUGGACACUAUUUCCAUUUGUAUGAACUAUUUGAACUGGGACAUGCAAUUUAUGUUGGGCCUAAGUGCAGCAGCCAGUGUUCGAGUUAGCAAUGAAUUAGGAGCAGCUCAUCCAAGAGUUGCAAGAUUUUCUGUCUUUGUAGUGAACGGAACCAGCAUUCUUAUCAGUAUAGUUUUCUGUGCAAUCAUUUUGAUUUUCCGUGUUAGUUUGAGCAAGCUUUUCACUACUGACUCUGCAGUCAUUGAGGAUGUAUCUAGUUUGACUCCAUUGCUUGCCAUCUCUGUUUUUCUAAAUGGCAUUCAACCAAUACUUUCGGGAGUUGCAAUUGGAAGUGGGUGGCAAGCAGUAGUGGCUUAUGUAAACUUGGCUUCUUACUAUGUCAUCGGUCUUACCGUUGGAUGUGUUCUUGGCUUUAAAACAACUUUAGGAGUAGCUGGCAUUUGGUGGGGCAUGAUCCUUGGAGUUCUUGUACAAACAGCAACUCUAAUAAUUCUGACUGCUAGAACAAAUUGGAAUGCAGAGGUUGACAAAGCUGUUGCUCGUAUCAAAAGAUCUGCAGAAGAUGAGACCCUUACUCAAUUGAUUGCCAACGAAUAGGAUUUUCCUUUCUGUUUUCUUCAGCCUUAAAGGCUCACAAAAGUGCUACUUAGAUGUGCUUCGGACCAUUUUAAUGUUAGUUCAUAGAUUGGUUUCUCUUCACUUAAUUACUUAUUGUCCUGUUCCAUCCUGUUCUGUCCCGUUCCGUUCUGUCAUGUUCCGUCACCAAACGCUACCUUAGACUUUAUAAAAAUAAAUAACUUUUAGCACAAUUUUAAA